AUUAGAAGUGAUUUCACCACGGAGAGUCAGGGUGCCGGCAGGUGGCCAGGCGCUGGAGACUCGGGAAGCCAAGAUGAGCGCCCUCUUCACAGCAGUAGGGUUGCUGUUCCUGGGGAUGCUUCAAGCCUACCCAAAGGACCGACCACGCAAGACCACCUGUGCUGGAGAACUCAGCUACUAUACCAGGGACUGCUGCUACCAGUGCCCCUCAGGGUUGUCUCCAACACAGCCAUGCCCACAGGGUCCUGCCCACUGCUGGAAGCAGUGUGAUCCUGACUACUACAUCAAUGAAGACGGGAAGUGCACAGCCUGCGUGACCUGUUUGCCAGACCUUGUGGAGAAGGCGCCGUGUUCUAGGAACUCUCCUCGAAUCUGUGAGUGUCAGCCUGGCAUGCGCUGCUGCACGCCAGCCGUCAAUUCUUGCGCCCGUUGCGAACUCCACUGUUCUCAAGACGAGAUUGUCAAGUUCCCAGAAACAACAGAGAAGGACACUAUCUGUGAGCUGCCUUCCCCAGGAUCUGGCCCCAAUUGCUCCAAUCCAGAUGACUGCAAGACACUUACUAGCCAUGCCACUCCUCAGGCCACACCUACUCUAGAGUCCCCAGCCAAUGACAGUGUGAGGACCUUGCUGCCAAAGGGGGUCACCAACCUUGUGCACGAAGGUACUGCUGAGUUGGUCAAGGUUCCAGAGUCUUCCUCUUCCAAAGCAAGGGAGCCCAGUCCAGAUCCAGGUAAUGCAGAGAUGAAUAUGACCUUGGAACUUCCACUUACGGGGACACUCCCUGAUGUCAGCACCUCAGAAAACAAUGAGGAGCCUGCCAGUACCGCCUCCACCCUAAGCCUUUUGGUAGAUGCCUGGACCAGCAACAGGAUGCAGCCCACCUCUCCCUUGUCCACAGGAACACCAUUUCUGGAUCCAGGUCCAGUGCUCUUCUGGGUGGCCAUGGUGGUGCUGCUGGUUGGCUCCUGCUCCUUCCUCCUGUGUUACUGGAAAGCCUGUAGGAGGCAGAUCCAGCAGAAAUUUCACCUGGACUACCUAGUGCAGACAUUCCAGCCCAAGAUGGAACAGGCAGAUUCCUGUCCUACUGAAAAGCUAACUCAGCUGCAGAGAAAUGGAUCAGUGACAGAUCCCAGCACUGGACACAAGUUGAGCCCAGUGAGCCCUCCAGCUAUAGAGACGUGUGCUAGUGUUGGGGCCGCCUGCCUGGAGAACCUGCCACUGCUGGAUGAAAGCACAGCUGGGAAUCCUUUUUCUCCCAGGGAACCUCCAGAGCCCCGAGUAUCCACGGAACACACCAAUAACAGGAUUGAGAAAAUCUACAUCAUGAAGGCGGACACAGUGAUUGUGGGCUCGGUAAAAACUGAGGUCCCUGAGGGCCGGGCUCCAGCAGGUUCUACAGAGUCUGAGUUGGAAGCUGAAUUAGAAGUGGACCAUGCCCCCCAUUACCCGGAGCAGGAGACAGAACCACCUCUGGGUAGCUGCACUGAGGUCAUGUUCUCGGUGGAGGAAGGAGGAAAAGAGGACCAUGGGCCCACGACUGUCUCUGAGAAGUGACAGCCAAUGUUAGCUGGGGCUAGAGAACAGCUGAGUGCACCCUUGAGUUCAAAUUAGCACCUGGGAAGCUACUACAGCUUGAACUGAAGCCCCAGCAUCCAAGGUAGCCCAGAAUGAAGCCUUCAGCUGCUACCAAGAGGGUUGGCCCCUGGGCCCCAGCAGUGGGCACUACACCAUUAGGCUGGUGUCUAUUGGGGGAGAAGCAAUAUGCUGGUUCCAAGCCUCUUUGCUCACACCCCUGUACUCCACCUUCUCUCCUUGGAUCUUGAGUGAUGGCUUUACUGACGUGCUACCAGCCUCCAGCUGUAUAAAUGGCUCCCUGGAACAGAACCAAUACCUGUUGCUUCUACUUCUGAGGCAGAGGGAAGUUAAAGGAUGAAUGCUCGUCAUCACUGACACAAUGAUAGCCCAUACCCAUCACACAGGGAGGGCAAAAUGAGACCCUUUUGGCAUGGCCUCCCUGUUCUGUGGACUCCCACAGCAGCUGCAGGGACCACCAAGCACUGCUCAAGACUCUGCUUUGCCCAGGGACUUCCUGUCACACAGAGAUGGGAGAACUGUGGUCCUGGAGGUCAUUAACACUUUGUACUACUAUCUGUUCCACCUUGGAAAUGAAGAAGCAUUGUCCCUAAGCCACCAGGAUCAGGCCCAACACCUAGUUCCUGAAGCUCUAGCAGGUUGGAGCCCAUCUUUGAAGGCACUCUGCUUGUUCACACUGUUUACCCUGCGCCCACUGAGAGAAGGAAGGCAGUGCUGCUGAUGAACAUACCUGAAGUUCUGCUUUUAAUGUUUUGUUUUCCCUUUUGAGGUACUGAGAAUCGAAUCCAUGGCCUUGUGCAUGCCAGCCAAAUGUUGCAGGGCUGAUCAACCCCAGCCCAGCAUUUCAUACUAAGCACUAAAGCUGCUAUCACUCCCAGCCUGGUUCACUCCCUGACACCUGCAUCCUUUUAGAACAAACAAGCAGUCAACCGAAUGACACAUCUACUCUGUGGCAGCCUGGGGACUCUGGACUUACCCUUGGGCCAGGCAGGGAGAAUUCUGUUUACUCACUAGCUGUUUGCUGUCUGGAGGAAGUUGGGACCCUGUCAAGAAUCACGAGGGGAGUUUCUGAAACCGCCUGCAUCUAUGGGGAAAAGUCAAAGCAGCUGAGUACCACCAGAGGCGUUAUACCACAGUCUGGAUACUGGCCAGAAGGGAUGUGUGGGGACUGGAUAGUUGCUCAUUUGUCUUGUGCAAUGACACUGUGGAUAUGUGGGCAUACACAGUGACCCCAAAGCUAUGUCAUGAUAACCACAUGGAUGCCACACUUUUGGAAGAUAUUGCUCAACUUUUUCUAAGAUAGGAUCUUGUUCUGUAUCCUAGGAUAGAUUCAAACUUGAUAUGUAGCCCAGGCUGACCCUGAGCCUGUAACCCUCCUAUCUUAACUUCCUGAGGGAUGACAGGCUUGAGCCUCUAUGCCAAACUGCCACACAUUUCAGCAAAGUGACAUAUUCCCUUGCAAACUGGCCCUGCACACAAUUUUUGACCCUCUAAAAAAUCCCUAAAGGCUGGAAAAAAAAGGCUUUGUGAGGCUGAAAACUGAUCACAGAGAUGAGUAGUAGGAGGCCCUGAGCAUGAAGGCUGGCAUGGGUCUGGUCUAUCCUCCCCCCCGGGCAGGGCCUUUCUCUGUAUGAAUGGCACUCACAACCAAGGGCAGGAGCCUGUGACAAGCUGUGUAUCCUUUCUCUCCUUGUCCAUCCGGGCUGUCUCUUCUUCCUUGUUCAAGGCCUGUCCUCCAAGGAUGCUGGGAAUAAAGGGUCUCUGCUCACAA